CCUACCCAGCAAAAUGUCUCCUACGAGGAAAGAAAAAAACGCCUGAGUUUGGAUGAAUUUAAUGAAAAGGCAUUUUCGGCAAUUAGUCAGCAGACUGUGUCAAGUGUUGAAAGGGUUCUUCGCUAUGCGGAGAUUUAUCCAGAGGGUUUUAGAGCUCAAGCUACAAAUCGAUUUGUUAGCAAAUCUUCAAACGGUAUUGAAACUGAUGAGGCUCCAGAUAUAUUUAGUCCCAUGUUCAAUUCCCCAUGCGCUGUGGGUUCUUACUCGUUUCUAACUGAGCUGUCAAGAACUAGAUUGGCAAUAGUUUACUUGGGUCGUCAUCGACUGACCGGCAUUUUACAUUGCCUCAAGAGGUCGCGCUGUGAAUCGGAGCGCGAAAAAAAUUUCGGGAGUACUUUGCCUGAAAUGUACAAUGAAGUCCAGGCUCUUGCUAUUUUGAAGCACAACAACAUUGUGCAAUACUACAAUUCCUGGCUUGAGGCCGGGUCAAUAUUUAUGCAGUUGGAAUUUUGCCUGGGUGGCAGUCUGUUUCACUACCUGCAUCCUGGACGACCUCUGGAUACAUGUCAUUCGCUCCAGAAAACCGUGGAUCGGCCUAACGGUAAUGCCGAUGCGAGUGUUGUUUCGGAUUCCAUGGAAUUGGUUGGUCGUCGACUUCCACUGGCCGCCCUGACAAUGCUCCUAGCACAUAUUAGCAGUGCGCUAAGCUAUCUGCACUCGACUUGGUCGAUGGUGCAUGGAGAUGUGAAACCUAGCAACAUCCUUAUUCAAUUAAAGCAAGCAGAGAAUCAUCCGGCGUAUACAAAGGAUGAGAUGGUGCACGAAGCCAAGAGUCUCUGUUACAGUAUCCUUGAAUCCACUGAUCCUAGUGGAGUCGAUUUUAAACUGGCCGAUUUUGGUCGUGCUUCGAAAGCUGGUGAAGAUAGAGACGGUGACAACCUGGGUGAUGGACGCUACUUGCCCCGUCUCGAUGAUCCAGGUUCUCCCGAGUGUGCUGCCAUUGGUCGUGAUAUUUAUGCCCUCGGUGUGACAAUGUACCAUGCUGCUGGUGGUCCAAUGAACUCAUCUGUUUGGGAGCACCUUCGUGCAGUCGGUUCGGUCCCAGAUUUAUCCGUUGUCCCUUCAUCUCUUCGGCCAAUCGUAAAGCUUGACACGUGUUUUGUCUACUCAGAAUAUGCUCAAGCCAUUGUCUCAGGACCGACCAACCGCUGCAGAAGUGAUCAACUGGCCAUCCUUGCGGCCCUUCCUCUCAGCAUCCUCUAA